AUGUCUUCCAAAUCCAGAUCUUUAGCCGCCACGAGCGUCGAAGAUCCACCACAUAAUAAAAAGAUGAAGCAGACAGAACAUACGUCGAUAUCGAUCCUGUCACUUCCCGACGAUCUGUUGAUAAACUGCCUAGCCCGCGUCUCUAGACUGUACUAUCACUUUCUCUCACGCGUCUCCAAACGUUUCCGAUCCAUCAUUGCUUCACCGGAGCUUUACGCAACUCGCUCGCGCCUAAACCGUACCGAGAAGUGUAUCUACCUUUACCUACGCUUCCCUUCUGAUCCUAAAACUUAUUGGCUCACUCUUAGCGGUCUACCUAGUCGUAACGUAGCCAACGGCUCGAGUGGCUAUUACAUGGAGCAAAUCCCAUGUCCGAACUAUUUGCGUCCCGCGCAGUCGUCGAUGCUCGUAUCCGUUGGAUCUGAUAUCUACAAGAUCGGCGGCGCUAAUCAUUUGCAUGAAUGCAAAAUAUGGAAGAGGAACUAUUGUGUAAGUGUCUCUGUCCUAGACUGUCGCACUCACACGUGGCGCCAGGCUCCGAGCAUGGGGAUGGCGCGUAACGCAAAUGCCACAGCGGCGACAUUAUUUGAUGGGAAGAUAUAUGUAGCCGGUGGAUGUGAUGAAGAUUACGUAAGUAAACCCAACUGGAUCGAAGCGUUUGAUCUGGAGACACAAACGUGGGGCCCUGUGACGAACCCUCGUAUUUUCAGACUGUACGAGGAGGAUAGAAUUAAGGGCUUUGAAGCCAAAACUGUAUCACUUGAAGGGAAGCUCUACAUUUUUGGGGAUGAUGCUGCGGUAUAUAAUCCCGAGGAAGGUAAAUGGUCAGAGUUAGGAAGGGAGCUGUAUGGUAUGUUUCGGGUAGAAAGAGAGUGUCAUUGCGUGAUUGAUGAUGUCUUGUUCUUAUGGGAUAGAUAUAAAAGAGUGUUCAAAUGGUAUGACUCCAAGUCAUAUUCAUGGAAGGAUUUGAUUGGUAUUGAAGGGUUGCCUGAACUUUCGCCCGACCCUCAAGUCUGUCAAGUGGAGAUGGUGGAUCUUGGUGGGAAGAUUGGGUUGUGGGAUCAGUAUUUGUAUACAGCGACCAAUCAGGAGUGUAGGGUUUGGUGUGCUGAGAUUGCGCUUGAGAGACGCGAUGGAGAUGAGAUGUGGGGGAAAGUUGAGUGGUUUGAUUCUGUGCUUAGAACCCACCAGUCUUGUUCUUCGUUCCACGUUGUUUCUGCUUCUGUUUGA